GAUGCAUUUCUCAAUGGAUUUUAUGAAAGAAUGAUUUUAUCUGCAAAUUUAUGGCUAACGAUUUCGCUGAUGCUGAUAAGUUUUGCAUUAGGUAAUGAAGAUGCAAAACGAUUGUAUGAUGAUCUAAUGAUUCGAUAUAACAGGCUUAGUAGGCCGUCAUCAAAUCCUCAUAUUCCAAUAACCAUUAAACUUAAAUUACGACUUUCGCAAAUCAUUGAUGUGCAUGAAAUUGAUCAGAUAAUGACAUGUAGUGUAUGGCUAAGGCAAGAAUGGAUUGAUGAAAAACUUUCUUGGGAUCCAAAGCGAUACGGCGGUGUUAAUGUGCUCUAUGUGCCAUAUGAGAUGAUAUGGGUUCCAGACAUUGUGCUUUAUAAUAAUGCUGAUAAUAAUUAUAAUAUAACAAUCAGUACAAAAGCAACAUUACGUUAUGAUGGCGUAGUGACAUGGGAACCUCCAGCAAUAUUUAAAAGUAUGUGCCAAAUGGAUGUCCGAUGGUUCCCAUUUGAUGAACAAAAAUGUCAUUUAAAGUUCGGAUCAUGGACGUAUUCGGACAAUCUGCUGGAUUUAAAGCUGUUAGGUGGUAAGGAGCGUUAUGAACUCGAGACAAAUAAAUACGGCGAAAUCGACAAUAUAACAAUUAUUGACGAUGGAAUAGGCACUGCUUUUUUAUACUAUUUAUUUAGAAUUCUCAUAUCAAAUUUCUCUAUAAAUAACCGAGAUGUUAUUUCAGAUCUGUCAGACUAUUAUCCAUCAGUGGAAUGGGAUAUAAUGUCGCGAGUAGCGAAGCGUCGUAGUAAGACUUAUCCUUCUUGCUGCCCAAAGAAUGAUGCAUAUGUAGAUAUUAUGUUUUAUUUGGAGUUACGUCGUAAACCACUUUUUUAUACGGUGAAUCUCGUAUUUCCAUGCGUUGGCAUAUCAUUUUUAACUAUUCUCGUAUUUUAUUUGCCUUCGCGUAGUGGUGAAAAAAUUGCUUUGUGUAUUUCAAUUUUAUUCGCGUUAACAAUUUUUUUCUUGUUACUCACAGAGAUUAUACCAGCAACGAGUAUUAGUUUACCAUUGAUUGGCAAAUAUCUUCUGUUCACAAUGGUUAUGGUCACUCUUAGCGUUGUCGUCACAGUUGUUUGCGAUAAGCUUCUAAUGAAUUAUCAUGAAUAUCGAGUAAGUCCAGCUCUUAUAAGUACUAAAAAACUUAAACUCGAUGAUAGCAUACAGAAGAUUUAUCACUCUCCGCUUGUCAUAAAAGCUUUCAAAAAUAUUUGUAUCAUAGCCGAUUUAUUGAAAAAGAAAGACCACGAUGAUAAGAUCCUCUAUAAUGAUAUUUUUAAGAUUGACGAAGACUGGAGAUAUGUCGCGAUGGUUCUUGAUCGACUUUUUCUUCUAAUAUUCUCUCUAACAUGUUUUUUUGGAACAGUUACCAUACUACUUCAGGUGAUAUUUUCAUCAAUUUUGCUUCAUCUCGCUCCAUCUUUAUAUGAUAAUCGAAAAGCAAUUGACUUGCAAUAUCGGCCAACAAACAGCACGUCCUCCUUUACAUUUUAA